AUGUUCGCAAGGCCUCCAAGUUUUGUCACUUUCCCACCUAAUGGAAAGCAUCUGAGCAUUGCUUUCGCGCCUGACACCCACCAUACUACUCCAGACGUCAUUGAAGCGCACGAGGAUGCCCAGGGAAAGCCCUCGCUGGUCCAUGGCAAACAAGCCGCUCAGCAAGAGCAAUCUAUGACUCUAUGGCAGGCGAUCCGUUUGUAUCCCAAGGCCGUCGGGUGGUCAGUUCUAUUAUCCUCGACCCUCAUCAUGGAAGGCUACGACCUAGCCCUACUCAGCUCUAUGUAUGCCUCACCAGCGUUCAACCAGAAAUUUGGGAGGCAAGCGGACAACGGCAAAUGGACUGUCCCAGCUUCCUGGCAGUCCGCUUUAUCUAACGGAGCCCGCGUUGGUGAGGUAAUUGGCCUUUUAAUCAACGGUCUUGUCUCGGAACGACUUGGCUACCGCUGGACCAUGGUCUCCGCAUUAACCGCCAUGACCGGUGUGAUAUUUCUUUUCUUCUUCGCUGUCAACGUCCAAAUGUUACUCGCAGCUGAGAUCCUCGCUGGUAUUCCAUGGGGCGUGUUCCAGACUUUACCCGCAGCGUAUGCAUCGGAGGUCUGUCCCGUGGUGCUACGACCAUACCUGACCACCUUCAUAAACAUGUGCUGGGUCUUCGGUCAGUUCAUUGCCGUUGGUGUAAACCGUGGCUCAAUCCAACGAGAAGACCAAUGGGCCUGGCGUAUCCCAUUUGCGGUGCAAUGGGUGUGGCCCAUCCCUAUUCUAAUCGGCUGCCUCUUCGCCCCGGAGUCACCCUGGUGGCAUGUCCGUCGCGGAAAUCUGUCCGGUGCCAAACACGCCCUGCUCCGACUAACCUCUAGCGAUCCAUCCUUCGACCCAGAUGCCACAAUAGCCAUGAUCCAGCAUACGAACGAGCUCGAGAAGUCUGCAACAAAAGGAACGCGAUACAAGGAUUGUUUCAGAGGUGUCAACCUGCGGCGAACGGAAGUCGUUUGCGGUGUGUGGUUAGUCCAGACCCUCUGCGGCCAAAACCUCAUGGGCUACUUCGCCUACUUCUGUGUACAAGCGGGUCUUCCCACCGUCCGCUCCUUCGACCUCUCCCUGGUCCAAUACGCCCUCGGCGUCAUAGGCACCCUCGGCUCCUGGUACCUAAUGACAGUAGCAGGCCGUCGAACCCUCCACCUUGCAGGCCUAACUAGUCUCUUCACCCUGCUCAUCAUAACGGGCAGCCUCUCCUUUGCACCAGACUCCAACAACCCGGCAAAAUGGGCCAUCGGCGUCAUGCUCAUCAUCUUCACGUUCUGCUACGAUUUCACUAUUGGGCCCGUGACAUACUGUCUCGUCUCCGAGUUAUCCUCAACACGACUCAAAGCCAAGACCAUCGUCCUAGCAAGAGCAGGCUACAAUAUAAGCAACAUCGUCGUCAACGUAUUGACAAAUUAUCAACUCAAUGACACGGCCUGGGGCUGGAGCGCAAGGAGUGCGUAUUUCUGGGCCGGGACGUGUUUAGUCUGUCUGGUCUGGUCUUUCUUUAGAAUGCCUGAGCCUAAGGGUCGGACCUAUGAGGAGCUAGAUGUGCUUUUUGAGAAGAAGGUUUCUGCACGCAAGUUUGCGGACACAAUCGUGGAUCCUUAUGAGGAUGUUGUUGAGGUUAGGGUUGAUAAUGCUAAGGAGUAG